CGCUCUGGUCCAAUCAUCUGUUUAUGUUUCGUGUAAGACCCGCCCACCCGGUCAAAGUGUGCGGAACCUUUGGUUUUGUCUGUCGGAGCGAAGACGGACUGCUGAAACUGUCGCACGGCGUGAUGGCACUGCUGUUGGACACCAGACUUCUGCUGAGAAAAGUGAGAGAUUUAAGGUGUUUUACGCCGAGAAGACACCGAGUGAAAGAAAAGUGGGCUGCCACACGUGCCAAGUACCCUCCCACCACUCUAGCCCUGCAGCACUUUGACGCCACCUACGGCGUCCAGCUGGGGCAGCAGUGGCCAUCAGUCCGAGUUGCCCUGCUGUCAGAGAGGAAAUAUGGAGCCCUGUUCAAUAAUUUCUCCCAUGAUGCUGCUCUGGGAGACUUGGAAGCGCAGGGAUGCAGAGACUUCAUCAGAGACAUAGAUGCAGGGGCUCAGCCAUGCCCGGAGCAAGAAUCAGAGGUAGUCACAGAGGGUGAACCCAUCUGUGUUUCCAUGAAGAAAUCUGACGCUGAUGGUCAGCAACUGUCUCCUCUGCAGCUCAGCCCUCACAUCAAGUGCUUAGUGUUUCCAAGAGGAGACAUCACAAGAUUCAAGCCUGCAAAACCAGACGUGUUGGGGUUGUUGGGUUACUACCUGAUGGACGCAGCGUCGGUGCUGCCAUGUCUCGCACUGAACGUCCAAGAAGGUCACAAUGUGCUUGACCUGUGUGCAGCUCCAGGAGGCAAAAGUCUGGCUUUACUCCAGUCCCAGUGUAUAGGUUUUUUGUGUGUGAACGACUCUUCGGUGUCUCGGACAAUGCGACUGAAAAAAGUCCUACACAGCUACGUUCCUAAGCAGCUUUUGACUGACGAGAAACUACGCAUCACCUCCUUUGAUGGCACCAAGUGGGGGGAAAUCGAGAGGAACACUUUUGACAGAGUCCUUGUCGACGUUCCCUGCACUACAGACAGACACUCACUCAUGGAAGACGACAACAAUAUAUUCAAUAAGAUGAGGACCGGUGAGAGGCGAAAGCUGCCACAGCUACAGGCUGAGCUGCUGCUGGCGGGAAUCCAAGCAGCUUGUCCGGGUGGGGAGAUAGUUUACUCUACUUGUACGCUCUCUCAAAACCAGAACAUGAGUGUGGUGGAACAGGCUGUCCACGUGGCUCGAGAGGACCACGGCAUCCACCUGCAGGUAGUUGACCUGCAACCCCUCACACACAUGUUUAGGAAAACCUUUCACUUCGCUCCAGACAUCCCUCUGGGUGAGAUGGUCAUCCCGCACUUAGCCGCUAACUUUGGGCCCAUCUAUAUGUGCAAGCUAAGGAGGCUAACAUAGACCACCACUUGGCUGAUGGACAUUUGAAUGUCGCUGCUGUACUGACUUAUGAGGUGAUCUUCUGGACUCUUCAGCCUCGGAGUCAUCGGUAGUGUAAACUGUAGCUGGCAGAGCACAGUUUUCAUUGUGGUGGUUGCUGACUGCUGAUACAAUUUGCUCAAAUGUGACUGAUUUCAGCGGUAGCAAGCAGAAACAAUCCAGCUUACGGCCAGCGUGACAUUUUAAGUGUGGGUGACUGAAGCUCAGCGAUUGUCUCGCCUUCACUCAUGCACAUUAACUUGAGGAGGAGAAACUUCAACAGGACUCAGAUGUAAAAAGGAUAAAACAUUUUUUUUUAUUUUACAGUAUUUAAGUAUGUUUUUACAGCCUUCAGAGUUCUCCCAAUCAGCAAACUGUACUAUGCUAAGAAAGCUGUAUGUUUAGGUAGUUACUUGAGCCAACUGAAGAUUUCACUUCAAUGAGAACAAGAGUCGUUUUUCUCUUAAAGGAACAGUUCACCCAAAAUUGAUCAUUCUUCUUAUCUUCUCACCCUCAUUGCAGUGCAAAGUCGGUUGAGGUUUCUUAGUCCACGAAACAUUUCCUGGAGCUUUACAGUAAAACAUUGUUGCGGCAUUCUGCUUAACAACUGAAGUAGAUGGACACUUGUUUUAAAACUAAAUUAAAUGACUAAAUAUAACUCGUCUCUUGUAGUCGAAGUCUCAGGAAGCCUCAAGAUCCCAAACUGACGGGAAAAGACAUUAUUUACCUGUUUUAUUUACCUGUUUUUUGUGUGUUUUUUUUUAAUGCUGAAAUUGUCACUGUACCUGCCAGGCUGAAAGAGUUGGAAGUGGGUGCACAUGCUUUACAGCACUUUAACGGUUAAAAGAUAUUUUCAUAUUAAUUUGGGAUCUCUGGGCUUCAGGAGACUUGGAUUACUCCAGACAAGCUGUAUACAGGGAAGUCAAUCACAGCUGAGGUCCAGAGGGGUCAGUCUAUAUAAUGACUCCAUAGUGUCUCAUGUUUUUUGUAUUAGAAUGGCCAGGAUACUUUAUAAUUCAUAUUCAUUAACAACAAGUGACAACAGUUGAAGAACAUUUUGCAUGACAAAUAUUUAGAGCCUUCUUGUCAAUUAGGCAUAUCUGAUACAUUAAUUUCGCUCUGUCUUUGACUCAAAAAACAUUGUGUCUGUUUGUCCCACUGAAAUGAGAUCUAAUCACAAAUCAAUUAACUUAUUAAAUGAAGUCACCUAUUUAUCUCAGGUUACAUAAUCUGUUGAAGAAAAUACAGACUAGACAAUAGACAAUAGAGUUUAUCCAGAUGUUGGGCCAAAUAAAGUGUCUUGUCAGUUAAAACUCUCAUUCGACAACAACAUUUGGACACAGUUGUCCUUUGCGUCAACCAGCUGUCUUUUAAUUGUAGUUUUAUUGUUGCCCUGCAGGUGGCGACAGUGGCUAAAAUUGAAAGCGUCCUGUACGUUUUGCGUCCACUAGAGGGCGCUAACAAGUCAGUGAAGGACCUCCAGUGUGUCCCCCUGCACUGUGUCAGAAUCAUGGAGAUGAAUAUUUCAGGGCGGCGAGUCACGUCACUGAAACACAAAUUUCCAUCAGAAUUACCUGCUCUCUUUAACUGUCCAAUGGAAAUGGGCUUGGCUUGUUCCCCAGUUAUUCAUCAGGUUUGAUGGCUCUGCCUAAUAACGCGAUAUGUCGAAGGUAUAAUGAACAGGCAGGUAAUGACUUCUUUGACCAUUUGGCUUCCCACAUCUGAAUCUGUGCAACUUUCAUUAUUAGAGCUGGGAUUGACUCCGUUUUGCAUUGACAUCACUCAGAGGUGAAAUGUUUCCUCUUAUCACGAGCUAAUGUGAGCGGAGAGGUGCCUCUUUUUCCAUCACACCGCCGAUGACCCUUUAUGUUGUCCUGGCCGGGCAAUGUAGCGUGAAAAAGGUAUAUAUGUGGGUGUGUGUGUGUGUGUGUGUGUGUGUGUGUGUGUAUCUAACGAGUCCACCAUCCACAUCCCACUGUCAUUAAGCUGCUCCAAGUGCAGGAGCUGACUCCCAUCCCCGUGCAGGGACGGACGGCAGCCAUGCGGCUCCCAGAUGAACAUUAAAGAGGCAGCAGAGAGCUAAAAUGGGACGUCUCGCCCUGUUUUUGCCCCUCCGCUUUUUUAUUCCACAGAUGAGUGCAGAUAAUUUUCUGUGCGAUUGUGAGUGAUUACUGUAUUACUGCGGCAAAAGGGGGAUGUAUCUGGGAAUGCAGAGGGAAUUAAUGACACAUAAAAACUAUUUUUGUAUUGAGUGCUCUCGUCUCCAGGGCCUUGAAUGCCUCUUCGCACAUCUUGUGAUUACCUAAACGUAUUGUAAAUAUGUGUUUCCUAUGGGCUCUUCCAUAAAUUUACAUGUUUUAACACUCAGGAGACGGCAGACUGUUAGAGAUGAGUUACUCACUAUUCCGCCCGUCUAUAGACUCCACCGGCUGUCUCCUUUUAUUAUUGAAUUAGCCAAUGAACCGCUGUGCAUUUGUGUCCCUGUGUGUAAGCCUGUGUUAGGGAGACAUAUGCUGUGUAUUAGAAAGAUGAAUCUUAUGGAUUUAACUACACAACCGUGCUUCUGUUGUGUUUCCGAAUGCAAUUUGAAUGUUGUUUUUUUUCUAUAUAAUAAACAUGCAAAACACUGUAA